AUGUCGGAGAAGAAACCUUCAAGAAAGUCCAUCCUGAGCUCCAUCGGGUCCAAGAAGCAGCACCAGAAGCAGGAAGCUGCUGCUGCUCAGGCCGCUCAAGGCGCAGGUUCGACGGCAGCUCAGAAGAAUGCGUCUUUGAACGACAGCAACGGCGAUCAUGGAGCGUCCAACGGAGCUUCAGAUGCAGCGAGAUACCGCGUGAGUCGUCAGAGCAGUCUGGCACCUGCCAAUCGCAGUGGUGGUGGUGGUGUCAGCACCGGUGCGGGCAGGCGAAUCAGUGCCAGCGGCAGAGCAGAUGCGAGCAGCGGUGGCGGUGGUGGUCGUGGCGGCGAGGUGGCAAGUGCAAGUCCGACGACGAGCAAUGCGGCAUCCAGAUCCAACUCUCCGCUGGCUCAGCAACGAUACAGGGCGCAUUCGGGCGCUUCCAGCGGCAUGCUGAGCAGCGGUCGUGCCAGCGUUCGAAGCAGCGUGCGCUUUGAUAAUAACGACGACGACGACGACGACGACGUUGCUGCUGCCCUCGCAGGAGCAUCGAGCAGCAGGAGUCGUCAUGCCAGUCUAGGCGCACGCUCUGCUCUGAGCAUCGGCUCUACGGGCUAUGCGGCGGCUGCCAUCGCAGAGGCGGAAAGGGAAGAGUCUGCAAAGUUUUAUGCGGACAAGGCUAGAAAGAAGCGCACUUCUGUGCUUUGGCAGAAGGACGAUGACGAUGCUGGUCUGCAUAGGGGAGACACUGUUCGCAGGACCACGUUCAACAAGCCUCGAGCCAGCGCCGCCGCCGCCGCCGCUGCUGCUGCUGUCAGUCCCAACGCUACCCUUGUGGGUGGCGCUACCGGCGUCAGAAGCUUCCCAGCCUUGCCUCGUUUUGGCGACAAUGUCGAGAAGGGCGCUUCAAAGGGACAGCCUGCUGAUCUUGGCCAGUCCCAGAAGGACAUAGAAGAUGCUCAACAGUCGGCUGAUGCUCAAGUCGAGCAGCGCGCGCGUAGCGAUGAGAAGCUUGUCGAAAAGGACGCUCAUGAAGCGCCUGCAGGCAAGGCUCAGGAGGGCACUAGCGCACGCGUGCGUGCAGACUCUCGAAAUGCGCAGGAGCGCCCCACCUCUCCUGCCCGAGAGUCGAUCGAGCAGUCUCUGCCUGGUGGAUUCAACUUCUUUGGCAUGUUUGGCAAGGGAGACGACACGCCAGAACAGUCUGUACGUCUUUAGUGAAAAAUUUGAUCGCAGCUUCUGUUGGACAAGUCACUGCUUUGCUGCGGCUACGCUCUCAUCCAAUCAACCACCCCCAUCGCUGACUGUCCGCUUCCCUUUCCACGCAACACAGGACGAUGUGCUCAAGGGCGACAACGACAAGGCGGCACAGGACGAUGAGCAUGACCCCGAUGUCCCGGACGACGCGGACGCGAAUGCGGCUCUGCAAGAGGCAGAAGAGGAUUACGGCGCUCCUCGAGGACCCAGCAAAGACGCAGCUGCUUUGAUCGAAGAGGAAGAGAGGGCGAACGCUGCGGCCAAAAAGAGCUCAACACCUGCCCACAAGCGAGGAUCGAAGCGCGCUGACAAGGUGGAUCUGCUCACGCCUGUGCAGCGUCACUAUCUCCUGAAAGCGCUCGUGUCCACAGAAAUGCAGCUGGAAUGGAGCGAGCUGGAGAAGCUGGGUGCUCUUACCCAGUACGGCUACCCAUUCUCUCCCACGCGACCCAAGCUCAAGCGCGUGCAAAAGGAUCUGGACAUGGACAGCGAGUUUGCCAAGGGCGAGUUCGCCGCCGCAGCCGACGAUCCCUAUGCCGAUGAAGAUCAGGCGCGCCGAGCAGAGAAUAUUGCCGAGCCUCUGAUGCUCCGGCACAUGUUCCAGGUCUUUUUGAAGCCUUUUCCCGGUCUCAAGGAGGCGCCGCUCAAGUACUGGCAGAAGCGCAUUCAGCCCUACUUUGACGAGACUGCUGCGCGCAACUUUUCCCACUCGACCGAGAGAGCCGAGCUGACCAGUCGACACUUCUACACGCUCGCAUUCACCCGCUAUCUCGGAGGUUUCAUGGCGCGAGGAUUUGGUGUGCGCGGCGAAGGGGAGACAAAGGGUCCUGGAAAGGGAGAAUCCGGAAGCGAAAGAUGGGGCGUCGGCAAGCAAUGGGGCAAGGGCACCGUCAAGCGGGGUCUGGACAAGCCUAUUCGCAUCGACGAUGCCCUGAUGGACAAGAUCGACAGCCUCUUUUCAGGCCCCGAGGGUGAUGUGUGGCGUCGAGCUCGCAAGGAGACUCAUCGCGUGCGCCGAGACUGGCAAGCUUUCAAGGAGCACACGAUCGAGAGCGAAGCCGGUCUCGAGGAGACGAUGGCGUACUUGCAGGUCAGCAACAUUAGAAAUCUUCCUCCCAGAUAGUGAGUUGGUGGCGCGCAUGUCUCGAAAGCGUGCGUGAGCACUGAUGAGAUCCCCCCUGUUGUACACGCCCGCCAGCCGCAAUGCAGAAGAAUGGGCUCGCAUGCAUGCUGCCUACCUCUUCCACAACCUGUUCGUGACGUCGCCUGCGGCCGACUCGAUCUUUGGUGUGGUGAAGGGCAUCCACGCUCUUUUCCCGUACUGGGGUGCCAGACAGCUCCUAAAGGUCGCAAACGCCGAAUCGAUGAUUUCCGGUAUCCUUGGCUUGCUCUUGGCUCGACCAGCGGGUGCAAAGUCGCUCGUCCAACGCGUCUUUACAUACGUGCUGGGCAAAGAAGCGACGGCCUUUCAGAAGGACUACAUUGUGCCCUUUAGAAAGGAGAUCAACGAUACCGAGCUGACAAAGAAGAUUGAAGAGUACGUCAAGCGUGCAAGCAGACCGGAAGGUCGUGCGAUUAGGUCUCGCGCAGAGAGGACCGGCGCAGAUGUCCUCACGACGAUCCUGCUGCACUCGAGCGGUACGCAAUUGAGCUCGCAGAAGCAAUCGUAUGUCCAGCAACUGGAAAAGUCGUACGCCAAAUCGCCUUAUGCGGCGGAUGUCAACCUGGCGUACCCUGCCAAAACCCCGGCAGGCAAAGCCUUGGAAGGUCGCACAGCUGGAAAUUGGGGCGUCUCGUCUCAAGAGGCUGACGAGGCUCGCACGUUUGGCCUGCUCAAGCUGCACUUGCGUGUUUGCCUAAAGAAGCGUGAUCGCGAGCAAGCCAUUCUAUUUGCCAGCGGCUCGCUAAUCCCCACCAUUAUCAAGGACUCGCUCCAGCAAGUCUUCUUCCCAGCCAUUCGUUCGAUUGCAUCUGCGGUUGAUCUGUCCGAGCGUCUGCACGAUCUUCAAAACUUUAUCGACGACCUCAUCAAGAUCAAGAAGAAGGGCGACGAUCAGCUGGUCGCUUUCAUCGCAUUGGCGGCGCGUCACGAGCAGAGUUUGUACCUGCUCUUCUCUCAGAUGCACACCAUCAUCGAUCCCUUCGCAGCCUGGCUGCAGACGGGAGCAGACUACAUGGCCAUGUCCACCACGGAUCCGCUCAACCCUGCCAACAGAAAGGCAAAGAAUCUCGAAGUGAACUUGGAAGAGCUUCUGCGCGAUGACCGUCUGACGCAAGAGGAUGCUGCCAAUAUUGUCAAGGAGGUGGACGAGCUGGCUCAGUUUGUCAAGUGGCAAAAAGUAUGGUACGAGUUGGAGAUGCGCAAGAACUUUAUCCUCGCGCGACCUGAAGCAGCUCCGGCGAGCGGGCUGAAUGCGGAUGACAUUCCGAAAGGCUCGAUGCGUCAGGAGAUAGAGGAUGUCGACGCGCUCCUCAAGGAGCUGAUGAAGGCGGAAGGCGUGCCCAUCGAGCAAGGCGAUGUCCGCACUCUUGCGCGUGGUACCGAAAAGGCAGACUUUCCCUGGGCAUGGUUCGACAAGCUGGAUCCUCUGGGUCAACAUAUCGUCUCUUCGUCUAGCGAAGUGGAGCCAGACUUGUCCUUUAAGCCGCGCGGCACAACGGCUCCCAUUCCGGAAAUGCUCACACUCAGAAAGCUCAUGCCCGCUUUCCAAGAUUUGCUUCGCGAAACGCUGCCUAGAUGGCAAGAUGGUGAUGAACGAGGGCCACCCAGGGACGCGGGCCUCGCCCCUCCACGCGCCGGCACCACGGGAGCUUCGACGCCGGCAAACACUGCUCCUCCUUCCGUCGCCGGUGACGGUAAAUCCACGACAAAGAGCAAAGGUGGCUUUGGCAGCAUGUUCCGCAAGAAGUGA